AUGAUAUUUCUACUGAUUCGAGGAAUAUUUAAUUUAUUCAUAAAAGAUCCUGACAAUGCUAAACGUGGGUUGUUGUCCAAGUUUGGUGGCGAAAUUAUGGGAGCAACAGGAUAUCUGGCUAUGUUGACGACCGCCUUACUUUUCAUCAUGUCGGCGUUUGCGUUUCUGACGGCAUUUGCAGCGAUGGUAGUAUGUGUGGGUUUCUUCGAGGACAGAGAGCUACGAGUGUUCCGCAUCACCGAUCGUCUUUUCUUGCCGGAAAACACGUUGAACAUAAGAGUGUCGUAUGUUUCCAAUAUCUAU